AUUUAAGCUCACUCGACGCAACCAACGAAAUCAUUAAAAGGUCUCUCUCUCUCUCUCUCUCUCUCUCUUGCUCGUGCCGGAAAACAGAAAUUCGAAGGCCACGCCACUUUGGCCAUAGUCAACAGCCCGCACACACACACACAACAGCAAAACAAAAAACGAUUGUCCACUUGCGUUUGGUCGUCGUGAAUCCGGUGCACAACGUUGCGUAAUCUCAGCAGUACUCGUGGGCUAGAGGCUCAUCGUUGGUCGAACAGUUCCCCGCGUGCUGUUAGCCCGUUGACCCAGUGCUGUAUUGUGUAUCGUGCAAUUUGGUUGAAGGGAUAUUGUGUUCAGCUUGCAGACCAGUUCAGCGAAAACAACAUGACGGACAGACACAGUUACAUGUGGCAGGAUGAAAAUCAUGACUGUGGCACCUCAAAUAUUUUUGAAACGCGACACGAACGAUUGCGACGACGUCUCAGUUUGGUGAUCAUCAACAUCGUGGGAUUCAUCUCUACUCUGGGAUUUUCUAUCGUCCUCACGGGAGCUUAUCCGUAUCUCUUGCAGAUUGACGAAGAAUCUGACAAAAGAGUCUUGGGCUGGGUCAUCGCCGCGCAACCGAUAGGUCAACUCAUUUCCUCACCGAUCGUCGGUUGGCUCGGAAAUCGUUUGGGUUCGGUUCGAUGGCUCUGCAUGACCACCGGCCUUCUCAACAUGAUGGGAUUCGUUAUGUACGCCAUCCUUGGCGAUCUACCUCAGCCGAGAAGGUACUGGAUGAUUUUAGCUCGAUUCAUCGUCGGAGUUGCAGCAGGUUCUGUGACGCUGUGCAUCACGUACAUUUCAAAAGCGACGACAGCGAAAGAGCGGACGACGUUCAUUGCCAUCAAUGCGCUUGUGUCUACCAUCGGCUUCAUUGUCGGACCAGCGGUGCAAUCGGCCCUCAUUCCGAUGGGAACAACGGACCUACGCUGGAACAUGUACACAACGGCUGGAUGGUUGGCGGCCUCGUUGACUUUCGUUCAAGUCGUUCUCUUCUUUCCGUGCAUUUUCCAGGAGUUCAACAUGGCGGAGAAAGAGGCCAACUGGAACAAAAUGAUCAGUCAGAAAAAAGAGGGAAAUCAAGGUUUCCAACGAAUCAAUGCUAGUAACGACUCGGAUGAAAAAAAGAGGGAUCUAAUCGGAGUCUUCAUUUGCAUCUUCAAUUUCUCGGUGGCCGGCUUCAUCUUGAUCAUGAUUGAAACGCUUGCAACUCCGGUUGCGAUGGAUCAGCUGGGCUACAGCGAUGACGAAGCCGUAAAAAAAGUUGGCAUCGUCCUGUCAAUUGGAUGCAUUCUCACCGUUAUAUCAUUCGCAUUGUCCGGUCCGUUGGCCAGAAGAAUCACUGAAAGGAAGACUCUGAUAUUAUUCGGACUUGUUCCAUUACUAUUGUGUCACGUGGUCCUUUUGCCCUACUCUGGUCCUACUCCUCGCAUGCAGCAACAGCUCAAUGAUUCAGACAUGGCAGUUAUGGAACAGUCAAGCAUGAAGCUACCAGUUAACACGUCUGAUGGUGGCAAUUUCACUGUCGCCUUAGCCCUGCACGCCCCGAGAUCGUCGGAAUCCAAUUUAGGAUGCCCCACUAGCCAAAAAUGGUGUUUGUACACUCCAGCCAUCCGUGCCCAACAGCUGAUUUUCGGCUUCAUGUUCAUAGCCAUUGGUUACGCAUUCACAGCGACCAUGAGUACGAGCACCAUGACCCAAGUUCUUCCGCCAGAUGGCCAGCAGGGAACGUGGACUGGCAUUUAUCAAGCCGGCGGCUCGUUGGCACGAAUUUUAGGUCCACUUUACCUGACGAACGUCUACACCGUUUACGGGCCUCGCCCUACAUUUGGCAGCAUCAUCGCGCUUUUGUGUGGCGUCAUCAUCCUUAAUUUAUACCUAUUCAAACAUCUGAUACCUUUAGCCCAUCGGAGCAAGAAGAUUUACUUUGACCUGCGUUAGCGUUGGUGCUGUAAAAACCUCGUCGAAAGUGUUUUGCAUUGUACAUCGAUUAUAUAAUAUAUUAGUGAAAACAAAAUGAAACAAAUAUUAAGCGUAUUAGCGUAUAGGCUAUAUAAAUAUAUGCCACCUCACGUGUUCGACCAUAAAGGUAUUUGAAGUCUGACACGAAUAUACCUACCGCAUUUCAAUGAA